AUGGCAACGAGCACUGACAGGGUGAUGCCUGUACCUAGUCAGACAAACCCUACUGAGUUCCAGCCACUUGACCCUGACUCAUAUACUGCCAAUCGACUUAAGCAUGCUUCACCCGAACAUUUGCACGUAACCUCGCAUCGCUUCUUCAUCGGGCCAAUUCCCGAGGGUUGGUUGAACAGUAACCGAAAAUCAUGGUACAAGAAAAGGCUGGAGCUUAGCACUUACUCUUCCAAGAGAGCCACCUUCGAUGCAGCGGCCUCUAGCGGACCACAUCAUAGAACCUUGACCGGUUUGGGUGGGCCCUCCACAGCUGCUAGAAUGAGCUUCAGCUUUCCCCAACCAGAGGAUGUGUUUGAUCAAAACUCAACUAGUGGUUCUACCACUGACGGAGGUACAGAGGAUGAGGAGGAUGAUGAAGACGAAGUGAUUGAGACAACCAAUCUAGCCCCUGUGGCAACCGCUGAACUUGGGACCCUCGAAGGAGGAGAUCCUGGACAAGAUCAGCCAGCUGUCGAACGCAGUCCCACUCCAAAACCAAUUCCAACCCAUGAUAGAGCAAAGGCUACAAGUGGGAAGCCUAAAAGAGAUCCCAAAUCCGAGCCACAGUCUUUCACAACUGCGCAAGAGGAUCUCGAGGGACCAAGUGAAAUUGAAUCACCCGGUAUUCAUAUACAGACUCCUGACCAGAGCCCGAGGCAAGGUACCAAUGACGAGCAGGGACCUUCUAACCGAGCGUCUCUACAACCUUCAGCUCUUACUCAGGAAGACACGGAUGCGAAUUCUAGGACUAGCCUCUUGAUCAACACGCGAGAGAAUCAAAAUGCCUUGAGAUCUCUUCGCACCCAUGACCCCAAACCCAUCAACGAUGAUAGGUCUUAUCAGCUUGGACGUACAAACACAGGUGUCAGGUUCAAAGUUUCGGAAGGCGUCCAUCAGGGAAAGCAUCGAAUAACCAACAAAGCCGGAAGAGCAAGAGAUCGUGUUGUCAACAAAAGAUUACGUCGUGAUACCCUGAGAGAGGGUACCAUCGUCAAGAUGGAGAGAAUGCUCACAAGGAUCGACAUAACGAUGCAACAAGUCCCUGAGGAUUUUGACGAAAAUGAGAGCAUCAAGCUUGAAACAAAGGUCUUGGAGAAGUGGCGCGAGUUCAUGCUUGUUGCAAGGAAGAGCAAAAAGGAAGACACCCAUGACUUCAGAUUACAGCUUUACAAGACGAGGGUUAUUCCUGAAAUCGACAACGAAUCUAGUAAGAAGAAACCCUCUCAUGAGAUCAGGUUGGAUCCGAAAACCACCAGGGUCAACUUAUACUCUUCACUGGACAAAACCGUUGUCAUCUGGCAUCCAUACAAGAAAGGGACUAGAAUAUUUGUCAUGAGGGCCACUUCAACCGCUCACUCAGUGGAAUGGUAUACCUUUCUACGGGAUGCCCUGGGAUGGCAGCGGCCUGCGACUCUGCAGGUCAACGUCCCCGACCUCGAUGUCGUAUUAAAACUGGAAAAGCCUUUCGAGGCUAUUGAGCGUGCUGGAGAAGAUGCAGAGACCGAAGAAACUGCUAUUGCCAGGACGGUCGCUGCUGAACAAGCUGUCGCAAGUAAGAUUAUCUCACAAUGUAUUGAGAUGCUUGAGGGAGAUCCUGAGUGGUCGAGCGUUCUCAAAACAUGGACUGAGACCGCUAAAAUGGGCCUUGCUUGGAAAAGGUAUGAUCGUUUAGAAUGGGUUUAUGGAGCAAAUGAGGACAAGAUGUAUGGAUCAAUGGCUAUGCAAAAGUCCCAUGAUCUCGAACUACGACCAAAGCAACACUAUCCAACUACAGCUCAUGGUAAAAAGGGAAAACAACAUGAUGAGCCACCGCCGAUUGAAGGAUUUCUCAUUCGACUGACUUCUCAGAAAGGCGUCCAACAACGGUUUGGAAAAGCCUUCUUCAAGAGGCUUUACUUCUCCGCUCACGAUCAAUUUUUGGUAUUCAACCGGCCUGCGAAAGCCACACCACCCCAUCCACCACGACUUACCACGAUCGGAGGAGGAAAUAAUAUUCCCUCUGCUCAUGAGAUCGCAGAGAAGACGCCACUAAUGUUUGACGUCGAGCCAUUCAAGUUACGUGGUGGAAACAUAUCUUGGUUGGCAUCGGGCAAUCAACAGUCGCUUAGGAGCCAUGAUCGUGAAGCUGUGGAAGAGGCCAGACGCAAUGUGGCUAACAUAACUGACUCCGACGGGUUCAUCAACUUAUGCUAUGUCAAAAAGAUUCGUAAGAUGAAAUGGGGUGCUUCGGAAGCAGAUGACACCCUCGAUGUUGGUUCGGACUCAGACGUGGAUUUCCAUGAAGAUGUGGACGACACUCGAGCAGAAGACGGAACAACCAAAGGAAUUGACGAUGAGAGAGUCUUUGAAAUUGUUCUUGACAACGAACUGGUCAUUCGCCUGCAAGCAUUUUCAAGGCAGACUCGUGAUGAGUGGAUUCAUCGACUUAGAAAGCUGGUCAAAUAUUGGAAACUUCGGAUCAAGGCAGAAAUGGAUACAUUUAAAGCAGUUCGGCAUUCAAAUCUGGCACAGCUCAAUGUUGACGAAGAGAUGGAGGCUGUCAUUGGUCAAUUUGCCAAGAAGUGGGAGGUUAGUCGAAGUCAGGCCAGUCCUGAACUCUACAAUAUGUGUGGAAUCAGCAGCUGCCGAAGUAUCAAUAUGUCCGGGUCAUUGUAUCUCAAAACACGCAGGAGAUCAACCUUCCAUCGUUCCCAAGUCAUUCUGAGUGGGGGACAGUUGCUCAUAUAUCAAGCAACAGCAAGGAAGAGAACGGGUCAGCAGGUUCGCCAUAUCCAUCAAGAAAAGCAACAAGUGGUAGAUCUCAAGGACUGCUAUGUUUACAGUGGCCUGAUUGUCGAGGAUGAUCUGUUGUAUCAAAACAAGACAUUUGAUGCAAAUCAUCCGGGAAUGGCAAGCCUGCCUCGCGUAUAUCUCGAAGAUGGAUGGACCAGUGCCGAUAUUGACGUAAUGACCUGCUUUGUUGUGUGGAUGAACAAACGAAAGGGCUGGUUCAAAACAGCAGCCAAGGCGGAUAAUUCGGGUGACGAAGGAAAGUCAAAGGGUGGGAAGCGAGCUCGACUGAGGCGUGUUCGACAAUUGGGCGUUCCUGGUCGUGGAAUGGUGUUCAAAUGUCGAAGUCGCGCCGAAAGAGACCACUGGGUUCUCAGCGUUGCAAGUGAGAUCGAACGUGUUGUCCAGAGGGAGGAGGAAGAGCUGGGAGAGGAAGGCGAGGUCAGAUUUGAUAACUAG